UAUAAGAUAAAGUAUAUGUCAGUCAAGAAAAUCAGUGAAAUUGUCCAGUUGCCUUACUGAAGAAACGUUUAAUACAAUGAAGCACGAAUGCUCAAAUUGCCAUGUUUGGAGUAAUUGUUACAGGAAACUUACUCCUAAACUGUAUGAUUAUGCAGCGGAAAGGAGAAUAAAAUUGGAUAAAAGCUGUUCCCACAUUUGUAAUACCUGCUAUUGCCGACUUUAUCGCAUUAUCAAGAAAGGAAACGAGCCAGCAGCUCCAAGUGCAGUUAAUAUAGAAUGUGAAAAUCAAGAACUCACCGUUUCUGAACCAUCGAAACUUGAUGAUCUCGCCGUUGCCGGACCAUCAGACACCAAUAAUUUCGCCGUGGCGGGACCAUCUAGAGUGAACAAUUUCGCCGCACCAGCAAACAUCAAUAAUGGUGGUUUCGAAAUAAUCGAUCCCAAUGCCGCUGGAUCAUCGGAAAUUGACGCUGUUCCUAGUGUUGAAUCUUUGUUUUCUUUGGAAUCAACGAGUGCUGAAUCAAUUGGUAGCGCUGGUGCCCAGAAACCCGGAGACGGUCAGGAAAUUCUUCAACAAAUGAAGGCAAAAUUUGAUGAAAUAUCUGACAGAAACGAUCGAUAUAGGAUUCUAACUUCCCUUCCCAAAUCCUGGACUGCAUACAAAAUGAUGCAAGAAUUCGGUGUUUCGCAACGAACUGCUCAACGUGCAAAGAAAUUACAGAUUGAAAAAGGUUUUAUGAGCACACCGGAGACCAGAGUAAAUAUGUUGUCUUUGAGCGAUGAUACUCUAACUGUAGUUAGGGACUUUUAUAAUAGUGACGAGAUAAGCAGAGCAUGUCCUGGGAAAAGGGAUUUCGUUAUUGAAAAUAUGGCAGGAGAAAAAGUGCAUGUACAGCGCAGGUUACUUUUAUAUGAAAACGUUGAAAACGCCAGGCAGGAAGUAAUCAUGCCAGAUGAUAUGCCUUCGACCUCCAAACGACCUAUGGGACAAAAGGCUAGUAAAUCCCUUAAGAAGCACCAUGGAUUCGCUGCAACUAAUGCUGGACUGGAAAUGGCGAAGGCUGGCACUCAGUUGGCGUAUGCUGCAAAAAAAAGGUUAGCUUACAGCCAACAGAAAGCUGUGGCCUUGAGCAGAUUGGCCAACCAUUCGAUUAUGUCGAUGGAUUUGAACGGCUUGAAUACGACCGCUAAAGAAUAUUAUAUGUUGGAGCAAUCAAGAAUAUUGAAAGAGACCAGAGAGUUGGCCGAAAUAGAACCGGGUUCAGAACCAGAGCCUGAAGACGAUGAUCUGCCUAACGACGAUGCUUCGGAAGAGAAUGUUUAG